CAAUCAAUCCAAUAAAACGUGGUAUCAAAAUCAACUUUGUCAAUUUCUUGGUAAGAUUCGGCUACAUGGACUUAGUUCAGGCCCGACAUAAAUUUACGGCCCAGAAAAUAUAUAUAUAAAGCUAGGUCAUAUCAAAAGCCUUUUAAAACAUAAAAAAUUCAAUUAUAAAUACCUUCUUCGAAACACAAGAGAACUUUUUUUUUUUUUUUGAAACACAAGAGACCUAAUUGUAUAAAAUAUCGCCGCUACUCGAAAACUUAUCUAACCCGAUCUUACCAACUUGUCUCCAAUGGAGGGAUCCGCGAUCAAAGGAAUGAGUCUGCUGACAUUGAACGAAAAUGAUGCUAAGAAAAACAGACCUAAAAACAGCUACAUUGGGAGGAUUCUCGUGAAGGGAUAUAACACUCAGUUUUCCCAUGAUGAUGUGGAAAGCUCCGUGAGGAAACUUUUCUCUUCAUGUGGAGAGAUCAAUGAUGUUUACAUCAGCGUACUAGCGGACAAUACUCUCGACAGUUUUGGUUUUGUUUAUUUUCUGGGAGAAGGCGCGGUGGACAAGGCGUUGCAGCUUAGUGGAAGUGACAUGGGAGGAUGGACUGUCAUUGCUGAGCCUCAUCCCUUCCCGGAAGAUGCCGACUGCGACCCGGUGGUAGCAGUUCAAGGAUAUGACACUAGUCUUAGUAAGAUUGAUAUCAAGAAAGUGUUGACUACACAUUUCUCUUCAUGUGGAGAGGUCACAGAAAUCCGGAUUCACAAGAAGAUAGGUGCAGCUGCCGUGUGUGUUUAUGGAGAAUGUGCGGAAGAAAAGGUCCAGGAUCUUGAUGGGAGCUACAUUGGAGAACACAAAAUAACUGUUAGGCUUAUUAGUGCACGGGAAAUAUAUAGUGUACACCCUCGUCGUCGUUAUCGCUGUCCUUUCCCAGUUAACAAGGCUAAUAUGACUUCUGAAGAGUAGAAAAGCUCUAAGAUCGACUGGGGGAAGACAAAGACAAUCUCUAUGUUGUUUGUAUCUUUGUGAAGUAAAUUCAACCUUCUGUCUAGUACUUUUUAAGCUUUUUUCUUUCUUCUGGAUUUUAAAAUAAACUCUGAUAAUCGUCUGCUGAGUUCAUUCGAACUUUUAUGUAUUGUAUUUAUGUUUCGAGCUUUAAACUGCUCAAUAAUCAUUAUCUUCAGCAACUUUAUUUGAACUU